AAGGGCGCAGGCCGGCAGAAAGCGCACGUGGCAGGUCGUGGAAGAUGCGCGCGCACUCGCUUCUGGCCGAGCCUUGUCCUCUCUCAUCCCCCCCCCUUCCUUUUUAAAAUUCUCACAAGAACUUUGUGAGGUAGGUUAGGCCGAAAGAUACAGUGGUUGGUUCAAGGGUGGUUCACUGAGCUUCGUUGCGAAGGGGGGUUUGAACGGUAGUUUCCUAUCCCUGCCUCUGGUGCUCUAAGCCAGGGUGGGGAAUCUGUGGCUCUGCAGUUGUUGGUACUCCAGCCAUGGGGAUGGGGGGGAGCUGACCCCUCCCCCCUGAAUCAGGCCACAACGUAUCUGCUCAUCACAUCCCUGACUAGUGGAACUGUUCUUUCUCUUUUUCUGAGGUCCUAGUAACCUAGUUAGUCCAGCUUUUCCUAGUUUUUAUUUUGCUCCUUUGUUCCUAUCACUUCAUCCAUAUGGAAGAGCAGGAUGAGGCUGAACAUAAGGAAGUGUAGAAAGAGAAUCAGUGACUGCACCAAGCCAAGAGAAGCCAUGGAAACAUUCAUGGGACUUGAUCGUCCCCGCUGGGCCUCUAUGAGCCAUGAAGAUCGGCUCAAAGAAGCUGCAAUGGCAUUCAUCCGCCUUUGCGCAGAACAGGGAGAAGGUGAUAGCCCAAGGAAGAUGUGUUUUGCACCUCAGCUGGACCCCUACACAAGAGCCUCGGUGGCCUCUUUGGUCAGACCCACACUUCCUGUGAAGAUUAGGCAUCUUCAUUCGGGACCCACCUUGCAAGCAAAGACUCCCGAGGAACCCAGAGUUGCUAGGAAACCAAUAAUAAAAAGGAAAGUUCUGAGGCGAAGGCCUGAUGGAGAAGUAGAGGUGACGGAUGAGUCCAUCACCAGCACACCAGAGACCAGCAGUCAGAGUGACCCCGAGUAUGGGGAGUUGAGUCAAAGAAUGCACAGUCUGAAGACUCAGCAAGAGAAAGAAGAGUCCGAGGAGGAGAGCGAGCCAAGCAUUUGCCCAGAGUCUGAGACGGCUUAUUCCUGGAUAACUACAGAGAGCCAGAGCCAAAGCUCGCAAAGAGAGAGCCAGAGCCGCAGCAGCACAUCCUAUGAGCAGGACUUGAUUGUUGCUGGCCACCCAAAAUCCUUCAUAUUACCAAGAUUUGAUCAGCUAAGCCGGAACAGAAUGAAGACCGACCGGGUAGCCCGUUACUUGGAGCAUAAGCAUGACUGGGAAUCUCUGCGGCUACCCGGGGAAGAUCCCAGGAAAGGGGUGCGCUGGAGCAUCCGGGAACAGAUGCUCUGCAAGUCAGAAUUGCCUCCUAGGGCUCAGCAUAUUUAUAUUCCCAACAACUACCUGGUGCCUACAGAGAAGAAGAGGUCUGCCCUGCGCUGGGGAAUACGCUGUGACCUGGCAAAUGGCGUGAUGCCUAGGAAUACCUACUCCUCCUAGAAAUGCAGAGGUCUCUACAGCGCCAUCCACAGGAGCAUGCCGUGCUUAGCACAGCCCAAAUAUCCAACUACUCCAGGCAAGCAGCUAAGCUAUUUUGUUUCCUUUGAAACCCUUUCAAAUCCUUAUUGGUUUUAAAUCUGGCUUUCAGAAUGAGUGUUCCCACAACACAAAAGGAUUUUACUUAUUCGUGCUUCUUGAAUAGUUGUCCCAUAUAGGAUCAUUUAGAGAUUAAUAUUGCCUCCUCAGAAGCCAGGCAGAAGAUGAACCAAAGUUCACUGAAGUAUAUGUCAAUGAGAAUAAUUUUUAUUUUUAUUGCAAGAUCUUUUAAACCCACUUCCUCUUCCUAGCGCAAUCAUCAUACUUCUGUAUGAUGUUGUUAUUUUUAAAGAAAGUUUAGCUUCUAGAUGUAUGGAUUAAAUUAAAAGUGUGUGGUAUAAAAGGAUUGCCUCUA